AUGGCUCGCACGAUCCUCGCCUUGGGCGGCACCGUUGCCGUGCUCGCCACCGCUACAGCCAUCUGUCUACAGAUUGUCGUCGCCGCACAGAUCGAGACUCCGACCCUGAGGAUAGCCACCAUUGUGGCCGCCUCGCUUCACUUUGCCGUCCUGCUCAUGCUCGGAUGGCUCUCGGUGCUGCACAUCUUGCUUCCCGGCAAAGUACCGUCAAGUCGACGGCUCAGCGUUGCCCUUGGAUGCGAGCUCUUCAUCUGCACCUUAGCCGCCGCCGGCUCCUGCGUUGCUCUGGCCUGUCUCGGCAGGUCGAAAGAAGAUGAUGCUGGCGCCGCGGCGCUUACCACCCUCCAAGGCAAGCUCUUUGCCGGCUUGUCAGCCACCCUGGCGCUUGCCUUUGUCUCUCAGCUCUUUUUCAUCAUCGCCCACUUUCUCUUCUCCCGAAACAUUGCCCAAGGAAGGGCGCCGUCGUUGUCGGAUGGAGAGGUGCCGCGGAUGCCCAGGUUCCACGUCAAAUCCAUCCGGUACAGCCAGACCAACCCUACGAGCCGAAUGCAGGAGAUGAGCUCGGUCGAGAAGUUGGGCCCGAUCCCGGCCACGAAGCCCAUGUCAACGCAUGGGUCCAUUCACUCCUUCAAGUCGUCCGUCUCGCUGGCCAUGCGGCCUAGUUCGUCCAAGGGCAAGCUGCUGGCGACAAGCAAGGGGCGACCGCCUUCGCUCGACUCGACUCCCGGCCGGACGAGCGCCGAGACUUCGUUCGACUCUUGGGAUACGUCGUCGGUCGACGUCCACAACCGGCAGGUGGUCCUGGAAAUGUCGUCUCCGACGCAAAAGUCAUGCAGCCUCGAGACCAUCCCGGCCAGCCCAUCCGGAAGCCGGAGUCAGAGUCCGGGAAGCGACCCGACGCUGGAGCGGCCUCCGACCCUACGGCGAAGCCGGAGCUACAGCGCGUCGACCAUCAGGCAGUUGGAGGAGGCAGGUCUCAACCCCCGAGACUCCAUAGACGAACGAAACAUCCAUCCACUAUUUCGCUCCGACUCACCGACGCCACCGCUCGUGGUCACGCCAGGCACCAGCGUCGUGGCUUCGCCCAUCGCAGGCCAAGUGAUAACGCGGCGGGAAAGCAUGCAAUCGCUGCAUCGCUCGCGCAGCGAAGUGACGCUGUCGGGGCCCAGCCCCUUGAGCCGCCAGACGAGCGUCGAAAGUACCAAGCAGAAGCAGCAAGGCGAGGCCCGAGCGGAAGGGGAGGCUCAACACGGGCGAAAGAUGACGCCGCCCAUCCCAGAGUGGCUGCUGAGCCCAAGCAUGCAGGCGAGCAUGGCCGCCUUUACCGGCAGCAAAGAGUCCAGAGGCGACGCAGAGAUUGCGUCGUUACGCAGUGAGCUGUACAUUACGACGUGA